CAGUCUACAGAGCAGUGUACAUCGAACGAAACCGUUGAAAUCCUACCGAUGGAACCGGAACGAAGAAAACGUGAAUCUGGUAACGAUGCAAACAAAUAUUCCGAAAAUUUAAUCUCAGUUUCUACUAAGGCCACAGAACUAAGAAAUUUGAAGUUAAGGAUCCAAAGUAAGAGCGUGGUCAUAGUCCAACAAUCACUCGCCAAACAGCAGCAGCCUUACCAGGAGCACACUUUGCUUAAUCAGCAAACAAAACGUGCCAACGGGGGUGAAGUACAAUCAGAAUCUGCUCUAACGACAAAGGGCAGCCUUCUGGACCAACGCAACCGACCAGCGGAAUUGGUAGCCUGCCAACUUCAAACUUCAAACAAAGCCCAUUGCCGACAGGAUGACUCAGGUAGAAUUAUUUCCUCCAGUAUUGAAAACCCGAUGCCCUUAAUCAAGAAACAAGGGUAUCUCAAAGGACCAGAAUGCGAGAGAAUCCUGGAAAAGCUUGAGAUUUUGCAAGACAAUGGACAAUUUAACGAACACGAGCACUUAGUCACAUCGAUGCUUCAACGUUGUGCCAAUGGAAAUGAACUUGACAUGGAGUUGGCCUUAAAAAUAGAGCGAGGAGUGGCCUUUUCUUAUCAGAAAGAGUCUAAGAAGAGCAAAUCUAUGUUUGCCUCAGUCAUACAAUUAGAACAAACGCAAAAUUGCGAUGUUACGAAUCUUGGUAUUUUAACGGCAAGAGCCUAUUUUUCACUUGUAGCUGACUGCACAAAUAGAAAGUCGGUGACGUUAUCCCCGCUAUUUGAGUUUCUUCAACGCAGCGAGUUUCUUCUGCAAAAUCACGAUUCGCCAGACGACUGGGCCGAGCUGUAUUACAACUACGGAUGCGUUUGGUUGAAGUAUAUGAGUAUUAUCCCUGAUGACCGGAGAAAUGCGCAGGCGCGAGAGACUGCUCGGGAUAAAGCAAAAUAUUACUAUGAGCAAGCUGUCUCUUUCUGCCAAAGGGAUAAACGACCGAGAGUUCAGAUAAAGAAACAAACGCAUUGUCAUCUCGGAUUAGCAGCACUGCUGUUAAACUGCAGUUCAACUGCCGCGCGCACCCAAGAAAAAGAAAUCGCUCCCAGUGAUAUUAAGGAAGCCAAAGAACACCUUGAUUUUGUUCAGUAUAGACUUGGUGAGAGUAUACCCAUGGGAACACAGGUACAGCUCUUAAAAACUCGAUCUGAUCAAUUCUAUCGUCAGAGAUUAUACCAAUUGGCCAAAGAAACGGCCGAGGAGGCUUUUCAGCUCGCUUCCUCGAAUAGAUUUAACACUGAAUUAGUCACUCUUCAAGAAAGGAUCCAGUUUCUUGAUGUAAAGCUUGAGGUUGCGAAAGAAGUUGCUAUCGUGGAAAUAGAAGAUGCUCAUACUGAAAGCUGCUAUAGCGGCACCGAGUAA